UGCCGUAGAGGUAGCCUUCAGUUACAAGUUGGAGCCUUGGCCGCCAGCUCCUCCGUUCAACAGGCUCACACAUUCCCAAAAACCCAAACCCAAAACUCAAGAGAUGGCGUUCUGUGGCCACGUAAGCGCAUCUGGAGAAAUCGUGCUCAGGGACGAGAUCUUCAGCAGCAAGACCAGGCUCAGGCGAUCCUCGUCGCCCAGCGAUUCGCCAAACUCGAUCUCCUCGCCGGACUCGCUCCCCCAAAACUCCACCUCACGCACCUACUCCAUCAAGGACGACACCGCAAAUCCUUCGCCCCACUCUGCGGGCAAUUGGUCGGUCCUGUACGACGGACUCGGGCGGUCUGGCAGCCGGAGCAACUUGGUUCCCUCGCUGUGUCUCAGCUCUCAGAAGAGCUCCUUCAACUACCUCAGACACGUGGAAGGCAUUAAGGUGAACCGCGAGCCACAGGCGGCCUACGAGAACUGGUACUCGGCCAAGCAGCGGCAGCGUCUGGAGCGGCAGCAGCUGCUCAAGCAGGAGCGGGACUGUAAGCAGCAGAUGGUGGAGGAGCGCCAGCAGCUGGCCAGGAUGUGCUACGACCAGUGGCUGAAGGACAAGGCCCGCCGGGCGGCGAGCCUGCAACUGGAGAGCCACCUCCAGGCGGCAGCCAUGAAGGCCAGCCUGGCGCUGGGCAGGUCUCCCCUGCUGACCCCGUCCCCGUCGCCGUCCUCUUCGCUGGGCUCUGGCUCAAGCUCGUCGGCAGCCAGCAGGCCCACUCGCAACGCGUCCAAGGACGAGAUCCGCCAGGUCGUCGAGGAGUGGUGGCUAAAGAAGCAGCAGCAGCACCAGGCGCAGCGCCAGCAGAAGCGCCGCGCCAUGUUGUCCAGGGCGCUGGAUGAGGAGCGGCGCAGGCAGCUCGCCCAGGUUGCCUGGAAGAAGUGGAUGAGCAACGUGGACGCGAAGCCCAAGCCGGUGCCCCUCAAUCAGGGCAUGGACUCGCUGCGAGGCACCAUCUCGCAGCUCUACGUGAACCCCACACCAUGGCUGGGUCCCAUAAAGCCGCCGAGGAAGUAGUCCUUGGGAUCGUCCCCUCUAGUCAGAUUCUUUUGUCGAUGCAAACUUCACCAGUGAUUCAAAUUGUCCACAAAUUAUUUAAAAUAUAGAAACAGUGUAAGCUGA